AUUCCCUCUCUUCCCCAUCAACGUGUGCGUUGAAAAUUCGUUGAAAUUCGCACGAACAAAAGCGUUCUCAAAAAGGCAAAGAACCACGGCGUCACUACACGAUCGCUUCUGCAGACAUCAAAAAGAGUGGAGGAGAAAAAACCCCCCCGAUAUGGAGUCCAACUACCCGUCGCACAUGCUGGAAGUGUCCGUCGCCCAGAUGUGCCUCACAGUCGGCUGGUCCAAGACAAAGCCGUCCGCCCUCACCUAUUUGACCGCCCUGCUCGAGCGCUAUUUACGCAAAAUCGCCCAGCUUUGCAUGGGCUCGGCCGAGCUGAACAACCGUACCGCCGCCAAUCUGAACGAUCUCGCCUUCGUGUUCGUGUAUCUGCGCAUCGAUAUGGAGCAGCUCGUGGAGUACUGCCGCGAGGUGACGCCGAACCCGCUGCCCUACCCGGUACCGUUCGUGGCCGUACCGAACGGUGGCCACCUGUCGCGAUUGCCAUCGUUUGCUGUGCCGCGGAACGAGCUGAAACGGAAGCGACCAUCGGCUGCUGGGAAUGGAGAGUAAGUGUGUGUAUGCGUGUGUCCGUCGGUGCAGGAAAGCAAGGAGACUUAAACGCGCGCGCAUCUUAUGAAUUGAUCCCACCGUAGUGUACGCAUCUUAUUAUCAUCCUUCUCUUUUUGUCAAAUGCUUCACACAAACGCAUUUUGUGUGUUUGUUGGAUGUCGUACAAUAAACGACGACCCACAAA